GCAGCCUAGCACAGAGACUAAGCAAGGACCAACCCACAUAAUAUAGCCUAGUAGAAAAAAACAACAAGCCAUUUGCGGUAAAAAAAAAUAAAAAAAAUAAAAAAAAAAUUAAAUAGAGGCUGCAGAUAAAUGUAAACACGCAGAGUUGAAAGACUGCAUCCAGUCGUGUCAUCAAGAACGGCUCUCUGUAACAGACGGAGAAAGACAGUGUCUGUGUCGCGUCGCUGAGGGGUCGCAGUGACGCGUGUGAUCUUCCAUCGCUGGGUCUGUCAGCGCACGGAGUAAUUCCUCCGUCACCUGGUAGUAUGCAGCGUGUGGAGGGGACUAAACGCACUCAUUUGGAACUAGAAAGCAUCGGUUUAGGAAACAAUUGUCAAAGUGGCAGCCAGCUAUGGUUGACCCAUCUGAGCCAGAGGACCAGAGCAAGGGGAAACAGAUGGAGGCCUCUGCACCCACCAGACUACCAGACCAAGGUGAUGGGAAAGCAACAGAGGAGGGCGAGGGUGUGUGUGGCAGUGAUGCAGAGACCACACCCACACACUAUGCUGGGCUGGGGGAGAGGAUGGUAGCCCCUCCCCCUGUUGCACAGGAGGCCAGUCCUCCCAGUCCACACACCCAGCCCCAGCUUCCGCCUCCUCCCCCUCCAGACCUCCAGCCUCCCAGUCCACACACCCAGCUACAGAGCCCUCCGGUCAGCCAGGAGGCAGCAACUCCCCCUCCAGACCUCCAGCCUCCCAGUCCACACACCCAGCUACAGAGCCCUCCGGUCAGCCAGGAGGCAGCAACUCCCCCUCCAGACCUCCAGCCUCCCAGUCCACACACCCAGCUACAGAGCCCUCCGGUCAGUCAGGAGGCAGCAACUCUCCCUCCGGACAGCAGCCAAGCUCCGAACCCUCUACCUCAAGACUUCCAGCCUCCAAGCAGUGACCCAGAGCCCAGAGAACCAUGCCCCAAGCUGCACCUAGACCUGUAUAACUUCGACACCCCGGUGGCGGAGGGAAGCCGCUACGUCCUGACCAGCCCCCGCUCCCUGGAGGCCUGCGCCCGCUGCGGGGUCAAACCCGUGGAGAUCCUGUCGCGCCCGCUGUCAGACUUCGCCCGUGAGGCCCCGGGACGGUCCAUGCGCGUGGCGACUGGCAUGUUUGAGGUGUAUGAGAAGGACAGGCACGCCAAGCUGAGAGCAUGCCGGGAGGAGAGAGAGAGGAUCAUAAGGGAAGAUAAGAGGAGGAUCCUUCAGGCUGCAGUCAACGGACAUGCUGCAUUAUCUACAGAGGAACAGCACAGAGCACCCAGACAUGCUGCAUUAUCUACAGAGGAACAGCAUAGAGCACCCAGACAUGCUGCAUCAUCUACAGAGGAACAGCACAGAGCACCCAGACAUGCUGCAUUAUCUACAGAGGAACAGCACAGAGCACCCAGCUUAACUCAGCUAUCUAAACCAGGCCCUAUGGCCUCCAGUCCUACUACAUCUAAACCUUCCCCCAGUAGUACUGGACAGGCCUCCAGUCCUACUACAACAUCAGGUCCAAGCAUUAAUAAAACUAGCACAACUCCUCUAGCUAAAAGUAGCUCUCUGCAGUCCUCUAAAACCAGCUCAUUCAGCUCUGUGUCCUCAUCAUCUAAAGGUGUGUACUGUGGUUCUGGUUCUGCUAAACGUCCUAAAUCUUCAGAACUAACCAAGGCACCCCGCCCUGUCUCAGGUCCACCUCCAGUGGUCAGAAAGAUCCCCAGCAGCACCACCACCACGCCGAAAGCCUCCAACACCUUCCCCAGAUCAGCCUCCAAACCCUCCUCCUUCCCCAGAACAACCACCUCCAUGACCUCCACCAUGUUCAAGAGUUCCAUGCAGAGCCCAGUCACCCCGACUACAGCAGCUCUCAACGGCAUCACAGGGGGUCUAGGUGGGCCGUUCCCUCACCACAACGGCCACCCUGUGUCCACUCCAAAGGGCAGAGGGAAGAGCCACUCCCUAGAGUCCCUACAAAGGAGGAUGGAUACCAUCUCCACCUCCACCACCAACUCUACCCCCACCUGCACCUCCUCUGGAGAGGAGUCCGGCGCAUCCUCCUCCUACAGCUGGGAUGGACCCAGAGACCACUGGGCCAAGUCCUCCUCCCCCCGUGCCCGCACCCUGGCCACCUUCAACUCAUUGAUGGGGAGGAGCCUCAGCCUGGGGGACCUCAGCCACUCCCUCCAGACCACCCAGAAGGUGGAGCGCAUCGUCAAGGAGGUGCGUCGGCGGGGGCUGAAGGCGGUGCCGGAGCGGGACAGGAAGAUCGCUGCUCUGAUGCUGGCCCGGUACCAGGAGGAAGACAUCAUGAGCCAGACGCGGUACGUGGCUCACCUGCAGUGGGACAGCGAGAAGCGCCUGGGGGACCUGCAGCGGGAGCGGGAGGACCGGGAGAAGCAACGGGCGGUGCUGCAGUGCCAGCGGGCGUGGCAGUCCCAGGUGUCCCACCGCCAGCGCCGGCUCAGCCAGCAGGAGAGGGAGUCGUCGGCCGCUAAGCUGCGCCAGGUUGCGGAGAGCGAGGAGCGGCGGAGGGAGCUGGCGGAGCAGCAGGAGCGCGGUAGGCAACAGAGGCUCCAGCAGGCUGCCAGGGAGGAGAAACAGAAGAAGGAGCAGCAGGAACAGAACCUCAAGGCUCUGGAGGAGGAAAGGGCUGCAGUGCUGGAGCAAGAGCAGAUCCUCCUCAAGGAGAAACUCACCACGGCCGAGCUGAAGAAGCAGGAGAAGGAGCACCAGGCCCACGAGGAGCGCCGGGGACUGAACCGGGCUGAGAGGAGGCGCCACGCAGCCCUUAUCAGGGAGAUCGCCCGGAGAGAGGAGGAGGAGUGGGAGGAGGCGCGGAAGGCUGCGGAGGAGAAGCUGAGCCGCUCCCUGGAGAACUAUGAACAGAUGGUAGAGAGGAGAGACAAGGAGCUGAAGGAGAAGGCUAAGAGGGAGGAGCAGCAGAUUCAGAAGGCCAGGAGGUCUGCGGAGAAGAGGGAGAAACAGCAGCAACAGCAGGUGGAGGCCCGGGCCAAGGAGGCGGAGAGACGGGCCCAGCAGGCAGCUCUGGUGGCAGAAGAGAGGACCAAGGAGAAGUCCCAGAGAGCAGUACAGAGCAGGCAGGAGAAGGAGAGACUACAGCGACUUAACAGACAGCGUGUGGAGGAGGAGGAGCAGGCCAGGAGGAUGGAGCUCCUCCAGUCCAUCGAGAGGAAGCUGGAGAAGAGUGAGCAGAUCUUCAGGGAGAAGAGAGCCGUGCUGGAGAGCGCUCGCUCUACCGCCCGCGCCUCCUUCCACGUACGGGACCGGGUCAGGGAGGAGACCAACAUGAGGACCUUCGAUAAAAUGGAUCUGGAGGCCCAGUUCCAGUUCAAAGCCAGCCUGGAUGACAAGUGAUGACUACUGAUGACUAGUGAUGAGGCACACCAUCAUGCUACUGGUGAACUACUGGUUAGUGGUAACUACUGGUUACUACUGGUAACUACUGGUUAAUACCCUGGACUACUGGUUAGUGGUAACUACUGACUACCCUGGACUACUGGUAACUACUGGUUACUAUCCUGGACUGCUGUUAACUACUGGUUACUAAUGGUAACUACUGGUUACUACCCUGGAUAACUGGUUACCACUGGUUGCAAUGUGCAUGGCUAUAGCCAGGCUUGGGCAGGUUACUUUGUAAAUGUAAUCCGUUACAGUUACUAGUUACGUGUGCAAAAUCAGUAAUGCAACUUUUGGAUUACCCAAACUCAGUAACUUAAUCUGAUUACUUUUGGAUGACUUUCCCCUUAAUAGGCAUUAGAAGAAGACUAAAAGGAUCCAUCAAACACAUUUGGUUUGUCAUCAUAGUGGUCUCUGAUUGGU